AUGUUGGUCUAUAUGUCUCAAUACGUCGAAGACCGUUCGACAGCACCGUCGCCGGUCCCGGUGGUCUCGUCAUCCAAGCCUGUUCACUCGAACUCAAAAUCCAAGAAGGAUAAGAUCAACUUUGUCUCCAAGGCUAGCCUCGCCAUCUUCGAUCCUCGCCAUGCCAUGGGCAUCGACACUGGCCUCGACUGGUACGACUCUGGCUGCAACACGCACGACUCACGUUCUUCCUUCGAGCAUCCCUCGCAACGGAGCGCCGGUCGCAGCCAAGAGAAUGUACGCAACCAGCAGUGGUCCACCAGCCCGACGCCCGAGCUUGAGGCCUUCACCGAUUCCAUGGGUGACUAUUCCUACGAUUCGGCCAGCUCGGUCGCCAACACCGAAAUGACACGACAGGCUUCGGCAUCGUCUUCCGUGUUCGAAGACGACCGCGACAUUCCAGAGGUAUCCUCACGAAGACGCUUCCUCUCGCGCAAGAGUGUCGCUCCCGUCAAAACCCCUGUUCCCACCGACGACAUCCUCUUUUCGCCCCUCGCAACCAAGUCCAAGUCCACUCGCAGCACAGGCGCCGGCGCAAGCGCUGCUUCCAGUUUGUCCAACACCUCUUCCUUCUCUCGCUUGUUCACACGCAAGAAGAAAGACAAGGCUGCUUACCCCAUAGGCUUCGCGUCUAGGUCCACCCCCGAUCUCUUUGACGACCUUCCUCAGAGCGCUCCUCCCACCACCCUUACCUUUGAGCAGUCUGGCUUCCGAUUCUCGCCGCAGCGAAAGGACUCGGACAGCUCUAGCCUCUACGCCUCACCCCCUUCCCUUCCCACCAGUCCGGAGCGUCGUCCAUUUCGCAUGGGUCCAGACAUUAGCCCUACACGCACUUCAACCUUGAGUGCAAAGCAGAGCAUGCCCGCCCUUCGUCAGAUCCGCGAGGCGCACAGCGGAGUUAGCGCAGCCCAGUCCAGGUCUAUCAGCUUUGUCAGCCCCGAAAAGCGACAACGACCGAGGCAGUCUGUUGCGACGGCAAGGAGCGAAUCCUUCGACGUUGCCCCAGCUUUGCCGCCUCUGCCCAGCUUCGAGACUUCAUCCCCCAUGAUCCCGCUCGAGUUUGCUUGGGACUCGAAGCGUGGCACUGCGCGUCAAAGCCAGAUGCCAACGCUCGGCUCGAACAAUCGGCCCGUAAGCCGUGUCGUGUCGAGCACCAGUCGCGGUGUCCCCAGCCCUGGUCUCAAUCCGAUUCGCCUUAACGACCUUCGCAAGUCGACCAUGACCCUCCGCAACGAACCUGCUCUGCGCUACGCCGAUGAUACCAGGUUGGCCCCUUCCAAGUCCACCGUCACCAGGCCAGCUGCUUCACCAAGGCGCAACGCCGACAAGAGAAUGUCGAUGACUCAGAGGGUGGUCGACGGUCUGCUCGACCAGAACCACGGCCGUGAGGAGCCCGAGAUGCGCUCUCGCAGAUCCGACAUGGAAGUUAAAUCGGCACGCAGAAGGAGUCGCAGUGUCGAGGCUCGAGCGCUCCCCUCGGUCAAGCACAACAAUCUUGUCAGCCCACCGAGCUCCAACAGCCAUUCCGAUUCGGUCUUCCCCGCCUUUGUUCGUCAUGCUCCCGUUCCUCGCGGACGAGCCAGCAGCCCGCAGCCUCGCUUCUUUGCUGAUGCCGACGUAGCCAACGCCGUCACGCCCACGCCUGCACACGCAAAGUCCUUGAGCACACCCACUUCGGCGCCUCCCAGCAGUUCGCCGGGUGGGAUUACGGUCCGCAAGCAAUCCCCUUCUAUCAGGAACCCUCAGCAUCAAGCAUCUGGAGAAACGCAUCAGGCUAGGCGUGUCAACUUUGCAGGCCAGCGCGCCAAGGCGGUAGCCGUUGCCAGCCCGCUCUUGCUCUCAAGGAGUCCUCUUUUGGGAGGCCGAAGCGGCACUCCUCUGCCUGUUGUCAACAUUAUGCCUCCUACGCCUGACCUGGGCGCCAGCGGGCAAGACCAGGAGCGUCAAUGCGCGGCAGCUAAGGAGACGGUUGAACAGGAGCCUAUGGUGGCAGCAGCGGCCGGGUCUGCAAAGGUCGCCAAGGGGUUCUCAGCAACCCCAUCCUCGACCAAGGCACAUGCGGCUCCUUCUCGACAGGGAGCUGCGACCACCACACCAAACCCAGUCGCCGAACGCACCAGCGCAGAGACCGCCGUUGCAGCGCCUGCCAAGCGUGUUCAGACUGCGCCCAUCGUGGUCAUGAGCCCCGAAAGCGUCUGCUCGCCUGCCUCGAUUUACUCGCCCGAGGCCACCGAUGGCGUCUUCUCUUCGCUCCUCGGCGGCCUAUCUACGGAUAACGAGGCCUUGUCUAAAGAAGAGAUGCAAGUCACCACCGACUCUGUUGCGGCUGAGCUGAGCUACGUCGGAAUGCCUCGCACCGACAGCGUCACCAGCGAGCUUUCCGAGGCGAGCAGUGCCCGCAGCAGCUCAUCUGGCGCUUUUGCCUUUUCGCGCAGUAUGUCCAACUCCUCGUUUGUCAGCGGUGGCACGUUCAGCUCUGCUUCGAGCAAUGCUUCCGAGAGCCCGGAACGUAAGAUGCCGCACAUGGGGAGCACAACGUCGUUUGACUUUUCACCCACCAAGAUGUCGAGCAGCGCAUCAGUUGCCUCCACUGCUGGCACCAGCGUGUUUGGGGUGGAAGCAGACGUGCGCAGCGUCGAGAAAACAGAGCAAGGCAGUGAUGCUCCUGAGCUGCUCGACCUGGGCAAGCUUAAGAUGCCGUUCGAGCUUAAAGCGUUGAACUUCGAGCCGGCCUCCUCUGCAGCAGCGGACUCGAGCGAUUGCGAGACGCCUACGCUUGCCUCUUGCCGUCAGAUGGGUGUCAACGUGGCACCGUGUGGGACCAUGCACCAGGACAAGGCGAGCACGAACAGGCAGCUUGGGCUGAGUAUGGACCUCAGCGACCUGGCUCAAGAGCUUGGUCUGGGUCGCCUUAGCCAGAUCGGCCUCGCCCAUCUCAAAGGCGUCGACUCGUUGGCCGACAAGCCUGAAACGGCUAUUGUCGGAACGGUGAACGCAGCAGCAAGCGUCAAGAAGAUCUCUCCUACCAAGCCGCCUAAGUCUUCUGCUCGCGCUGCCGUCAGCACUGGCCACGCUUCGAAUGCUGCUGCUGGCGCGGGAGCUGGAGCAGGAGCGGGGCUGACGCGGUUCGGGAUGGGCAUGGGCGACAUUGCUUCGUCCGCCGCCAUGUCCCCUUUGCCCGUGUCGAUCGCUGGCCGAUCGCCGCAGACUCCUCCUCGCACUAAGGCGCCGCUGGUCGAGCCCAAGGCAGGACGCAAAGUGUCGGCGUCCGGAGUGCCCAAGGCCGACGGCGGGUUUGGACUGGGGCUCAACUUUGUCGAAUCUCCCUCUCCGCAGUCGCAAUUGCGCAAAGCUGCCAUCGCCCCAGGAAGCUACGGGCAGCACGUUGUCGAACAGACAAACACCCUUCCUUCCCAAUACCAGACAAAGCAGCAGCAGCAGCAGCAGCCAUACUACCAACAACAGCAACCAUACGCUUAUGAACAACAGGAAGAGGAGGGACAGUGGGUUGGCGUUGCAAUGUGA